GCGCGCCUCGGAGCUCAACAGCUGCACACAGUGAGGAGGAGGAGGAGGAGGAGGUGACGGAGGAGGAGGAGGAGGAGGAGGACGAGGAGGAGGAGGACGAGGAGUCGCCAAGUAGAGCAAAUAUGAUUUCAAACAAUUGAAUAGGUUCCUGAUCGAGACUAGAGGACAAUGCCGACUCAUUCUUUGCUCCCGUGUGUGGAGAGCCCAGAUGGACUCGCCCAAGAUAUUCUUAUUAGUAACAAUGCGAGUAUCCCAGGGUCCGGCUCGAGCAUGACGCCGCACACUACCUACUCGGAAAAGGCGGUGUCGCAAUCUGGAGGAAGUGUGCCAUUAUCUUGUAUGUUCUGUGAUCAGACCUUCGCUCAUCAGGAUGAGCUAGGACCCCACGUGUUAACGCAGCACCCCACCACCUUCUACGAACCGGCCGUGCUGCGAGUCGAAGCAGAAUUCAGGAUCCCGGGGGAGAGAGCCCGGGUCAAAUCCAGCAGCCUACCGGUCGAAAAAGAGGAGGUGCACAGUUGUAUCGUGUGCGGCCAGGUUUCACAAGACGCCGGUGAGUUGGAAACCCACAUGAGGAAGCACAAGGACUACUUUACGUACUGCUGCAAUGUCUGUGGACGGCGGUUUAGAGAGCCGUGGUUCCUCAAGAAUCACAUGAAGAUGCACGUGAAGCCAGGAGCAAAGAGCAAGGCCCAGCAAGACCUGGAGACCCCCGUCACAGUCAAUGGCAUCGUCCAAGAUCAACCUCCUGAGCCCGUAGUCACAGUUUACAAAAUGUGCAUGGUUUGUGGGUUUUUCUUUCCCGACCAUGACAGCUUGGUUGAACAUAGUAAAGUACAUAACCGAGAGGUAGACCCUGGCAAAGAUAAAGACAAGGAGAGCAAGGAUGGCACUACUGAAUCCCCUGUCGAACAGGAAACAUUUCUCCACGGUCUAAGACUAAUGCCUCGCUCUACAGGAAACAGUGUGCAGCAUGAGAAAUCAUCAAAAUGGAUCCCCCAGCUGGAUCCCUUCAACACAUAUCAGGCCUGGCAACUGGCUACAAAAGGCAAGUUAGCAGUUGGUCCGAAUACUACUAAAGAUAUCGGCCAGGAAGCAAGCACAGACAACGAAGAAUGCGGCUCUGAUAAGGAGGAGUUGAAUAAUAUUUGGUCUGAGGGACAAGGAGACAAAGCGACAAAAGAGGUCCUCGGGAGAGAGCUCCGGUCUCAGCAGCCGAGUGCAGCAGAACACCCAGAACCCCAGCGGAGGUCUCUUAUGCAGAAAGAUAAAGAAAGGCCAACCACUUGUGAGGACUGUCAGAGAACCUUCAGGACCUACCAUCAGUUAGUCCUUCACUCCAGGGUCCACAAGCGUGAGAGAGGUGGCGAGGAGAGUCCAACUUCUGUCGAUGGGAAGUUAUCAAGAGCAGGCUCGCUUGAGCACGCAGAGGAAGGCUCUGAGGAGGGCUUCGAGGAGGCCGCGCUGACAGAAAACCUGGGUCCAGGUGAAGAUGGUUUUGAUCGAUCAAAAGUCAGAUCAAAAGAAUGCAGCUACUGUGGCAAAUCAUUCCGAUCGAGCUAUUACCUGACGGUUCAUCUGAGGACUCACACAGGUGAAAAGCCAUUUAAGUGUGCUUACUGCGACUACGCCGCGGCCCAGAAGACUUCACUGAAAUACCACCUGGAUCGGCGUCACAAGGACAAACCUUAUGUGGAGAUUCCCAGCAGACCCGUGCCUUUGGUGCCUUCUCCUAAUGACGGAAAACAUGAAAAUGACCACGAAAACCCUGCUCCGACUAGAUCCAAGCUUUGGGUUCCCGGAACAAAAUCGUCCACCGGCGGGAAACCAGAGGACAGAUUUGAUGGCACAGAUAGCAAGUCUAGCAAACCGCUCGUCCAGACGAAUGCUGAGUAUGAGAAAUUAAUUGCUAAGUCUGCUUACUCCCCGAUUGAUGAUGUCGUAAAGUGUCCAGUACCUGUUAACCCGAAGAUUGAAAGGGAGGAGAUAAAAGAUGAGAACUCUGAGGCCCCAUUAAAUCUGUCCUUAAAAGUGUCUCUCUCCAUCCCUGCCAGUGCAGAACCAAGAAAUGCAUUAAUUCCAAUUGCCUGUUCGUUCUGUGCAUAUAAAACCAUGUACCCAGAGGUUCUGAUGAUGCACAAAAAGCUAACCCAUAAAGACAAGUCAGACGGUACAAAAAAGAAUGGAUUCGCAGGCGGUUCGAAGCAAAAACGUUUUACAGGUUGCCCCCCAGCGCUUGACGGGAAAGACGUCACCCCACUGCCGAUGAUUGACCGACGCCACCCUCGUCGGACCAAGUCCCCACCUCCUCAACCACCAAAACCACAAGAGAAGACACCUGCUAACCCACCUCAUGGUCCUAAACAGUCCCCUGUACAUGCACCCCAACCCGAUGUCGACACCCAGCGUCAGAGACAAAGCGCUGAUGCACACCCCAGCCAGGAAUCGUCCAAGUUUACAGAGCUCAUGAGGAAAUCCAACACGGGAAGCAAGUAUGUUUUGGACCGACCGGGCCCCCCGGACAGAGUGGGAAUAGGCGAGAGGAGUUACCCAGCGAGGAGUGGUGUCAUUUGGCACUCAGACGCUGCCAGGUUGUGCCUGUCGAGUCGAUUCGCGAGCCUCCCCCAGAUGGACUUUGGUGAACCUUCCAGCAAGAGAUUAAAGUACGGAGUACCCACAAACAGAGAGGCUGACCCCAGCGACAAGCCCGGCUUUAGAGGACCGGCACGGGAUGGAUCCAACAGGCUGCUCAUCUCGGAGAGAAGUGUGAAAACCACAUCACAGGGGUCGGGUCCAUCGUCCAUUUCUGAGAACUUGGCUCCUCUGAAGACCACAUCAGCAGCUAUUGGAGGAAGUUUGGACACUGAGUGGGGCAUGAUGAACCUCCUGCGCUCCUACACACCCAGUGACCUGGCAUCUCUCUACCACAGCACACCAGCCAACCCCAGUCACGGAGGGCUGGCCAACCCGAGGGCAGGGGGCAGAACUGUGCUGUACCAACACUUACCCACUCUGCCCAACCUGCAGAGGAGAGACCCCUCAGGCCUUUAUCCUAACCAACGCUAUGGGACCACUGACAAAAGUACCUAAAGUGGCACCAAGGUAAAAAAAAAAAGGUUGAAAAAUAUUGAGUAGUACAUAAAAUUAGAGCUUUUUUUGUUUGGGAUUUUCAAACCCUGACUUCUUUGUAAGGUUUCACCUGGUGCUUUAUAGAAAUGAAUCAGGUCGUGUUUGAAAA